GAGCCUGACAACAUCCGGGCCCCGGCGCUGGAGAGGCUCCGCGGCCGGUUACUAUGGAGACGGGCUGCUACAACCACUUGGCCGGAUUCCACCCUGGAGGACCGCUCCUGGGAUUAGCCGGAUUAGUUUAUGCGUAUUGAUCCAGCCGACCGCUCAACAGUUCUUUACUGCUUCAAUUGGGUGUAGAAAAAGGGCCACGUCCUCUCGGUACUCGCUGGCCUUCUUGCCAUCAGCUGCAGGAAAACACUGCGUUUGCGGAAAAAAUAAAGAAGACGUCGAGAAUGACCGAGUGCGACUGGGAUAAGAAAAGUACUUCAGCUUCAAAUUCAGACACAGAAAUGAAACCUGAACUGCCUCCUUGUGUGAAUCCUGGCAAUCCGGUGUUUUCAUGUAUGUUGGAUCCAAAGACACUCCAUACGACUACCUCACUAUCAAAACCCAAGAUGAUUAUGUAUAAAACCAAUUCAAGUAAUUAUGGUGAAUUUUUACCUAUGCCACAGUUUUUCCCCUGCUAUUAUAAUCCAAGGGAGCAAGUAUUUUCUAGUCAUAUCAGAGCAACUGGAUUUUAUCAAAAUAACACUCUAAACACUGCACCUGACAGAACAAGAACCCUUGAUUUCCCUAAUUUUCAACACACUCUAUGAAAGUAUGUUACUCUUAAAGAGAAAAUAUAUUCAGGAAAAAUGAGUUUUAAAUCUAAGACUGGGAUAUCUAAUUUGAAAUAUAAAAAAGUCUUCAAGUAAUUUUAAAAAAUACCUUUGACAAAUAAAGCAUUUCAACUGAUAA